UUUAUGCCCCCUUAAUUACUUGCUUUUUUACCUUUACCACACUUAGUGCCUCAUCACGAUCCAUUUAUUCCACCUUAAUUAGUUACUUCCUUAAUCUGGUCUUGCUUCAAUAACUUGCAAGUUCGUUAGUGUUUUUCCUGUAAUACCAGACAGAGACAGGCCACUGCAUGCAUGUUUUCCCCCCAUGCACCAAACGAAGGGUAAACAGUAAAUACUAAAUAGAGAGUUACCAUGGGUAUCAAAGCACCUGAUAAGACAAAAGCUUAUACCGAUUAAUUGUCUUAUCAGGUGCUAUAAGCAGAGCGUCGUAAUAGCCCUCCACAUAUAUAGUCUUCAACAACUAGACGCUAGAAUUCCCAACAACUAAUACCGAUUUCCAAGUUACGACUGGUGGCAUUGUCGUCGAUCUUGUUUCUCAUCAUUUCAUAUUUUUAAUUGAAACUAUAAAAUUUCAAUGCGUGAAAUAAAAUUCUAUGUGGUGUAACGAAUUUUUGGUAUUUAUAAGAGAAUUUUUUUUAAUCUUACUACAUCGACAGUUCGAUUUUAAAAUAUUCCCGCUUUGUACCAUUUAGAGAUUGACAAUCCUAUCCCACAGGGGAAUAUCAAAUAUGGGUGAAAAAAGUAGCUUGGUUUCUGCUAAUUCAAAGCCUUCUUCUAACACAAUUACAGACUGGAAAGCACGAAGGUCCUCUGCUGCAAGCAGUCUUUCCUUAUUCCAACAAGUUUCACUAACAUGAAAGUUCGACUGAUGUCUUCCCUUAUUCCUAUAAGUUUCCACGAUCGAUCAACCUUCAUUUCCCCUCCGUCAUUUCCCUAUAAAUAGAGGAUGCCACCAACUGCUCCACCGUGCAAUCUAAGCACCAAUUCCGAAUACAGUUCUGAUCGUGCUUGAAUCGUCACGAAUUUCCGGUCGAGUGCCACGAUGACGACAACGACGACAAAAAGGUUUACCAUACUCUUGUGCGCCGUGGCCUCACAAGCGACCUUAUUACACAGUUUCGGAUACGAUACGGUGGUGAUGCUUCUUUCCACCACCACCGCGAUGGAAGAGGAGCUCGGGAUGACGGAGAACGAAGGGUUCCAUUUCCGGAACGUCACAAAAUGUGUGUUCUUCGUCGCAUGCUUCAUUUCGGGGUUCGUGGCGGAUCUGUCCGGUCGUCGCCCGACGCUAAUCUUAUCAGGAACCCUAUCGUUCGUAGGGUUCUUGAUAAUGUCCUUAGCCGUUUCGUAUGGCGUUCUCGUCACUGGAAGAGUCAUCUCCCUCGUCGGGCUCGAGUUAGGACUGCCCGUCGCACCUCUCUACAUCGGGGAGGUCGUGUCCCCGAGCCGACGAGGCUGUCUCAACUCCAUCCCCGAGAUAACUUCAAUCUUAGGGUUGUGGCUGGCCGUGUUAACACGAGCCGCGGUCCGAGACUUGUCGGCGAGCUCCCAGUGGAGAACGUUGAUGGGUGUAGGCAUCAUCCCAUCCCUAAUUUUAGGGGUGGGCAUGAUAUUCCUACCCGAAUCUCCUUGUUGGUUGGUCAAGCAUGCUAGAGUUGCCGACGCGAAAGUCGCCCUCCAACGUACUCUGAAAACCACGGAAGAAGUCGAAGCACGCUUGUUGGGGCUGAGGGAAGCUGCUAGGAUCCCUCCGAUAAUGGGAGAUGAGAAUUUCGACGCCGUGCCACAGGACAUCCACGUCCUGGCUAUCUGGCGGGAGUUGAGACGACCUUUGGUCCGGCCCCGGUUGAAGGAGCGGUUGAUCUCCGUUUUCACUGUCCAGUGCCUCCAACCGCCGUCGGGGAUAGAUCUUCUGACUUUCGAAUCGUUAAUGAGGUACCCACACAACGGUCCAGCCACUCCGGUGGAGUUCGUGAUGGAGGAGAUCCUACCCUUGUGUGGGAGGUUGCUGCCGAUCUUGGUUCCCCUGUUCAUCUCGGAUGUCGUCGGGCGGGGACCACUCGUGGACUACAGUUUGGCCGCGGCGGUGACCUCCAUGACGUUCAUCAGCGCUACGACGACAAUGCUGAACUAUGGGGUCACCUCAGGAGUUGUCAAGGAGCUGAAGAGAUGGAGCACGAUAGCCUUCUUCGGAUCGUUUUCGAUCGGACUGGGCCCGAUGACAACGGUGCAUACCUCUGAAGCCCUCCCAUUCAAGGUUAGGGCUCAAGUAGUCGGGAUUGCCGUGAUGGUGAACCGACUACUAAGCUUUGGGUUGUAUUGUUUGAAACCGGCUCUUGACGGUGUGCUUGGGAGUUUGAUUUACUGGAUUAUCAACCUCGUACUCCUGCUCGGGAUGUGGUUGUGCGACAGGUACCUGAUCGAGACGUCCGGCGAGUCCUUGGAAGAGCUGGACAAAGGUUUCAGCCCCACUCUCGAGCUGAGUUUAGGUCCUCUUGCUACCUAGGUUAGUUUCUGAGUUUAUCCCGUGUGUGCUCUGUUACAAUCUAAGACAAUCUUCUAAUGUAUCCCCUCUCCAUGUGAAUCCAUUGUAAGUCUGUUCUUUUGUACGCCUAUGUAUGUAUUGCUGACCAGCUUAUCGAACAAAGAUGGUUCUAGUAUCGUAACAAAUUUUAUUGAUUUUUCCACUGCUUGUUCGUAUUUCAGCAUUAAGACAACAUUCGCAUAUCCUGUCUGUUCUUGUUCUAGCAUGGCAUAAAUCUAGUCGAAUCAGUGAAGCACGUAGGGCCGUUUUAUUGCAAGAGACCACGGUUCCAAUAGUGAUUCUCUCAUUUAUCUGCCAAUCUCUAGCUCAGGGCCGGUUACCUUCAACCUACUUUUGCACAAAUUCAGUUUGUUUCUGAAUUCAUAGGUGGGCAAUGAACUUUCAUGGCCAAAGACAACCUGAGAAUUGCUCACAACUAUCGUGAUUAUUCUUUCCACUGGGAAUCCUAAAAGGAAAUAGCUCAUCACAUUGAUCAAAACCAUAUGAAUAUGAUUGGAAGGUAUGGCAGUGCUAGUGCUCAAAGUAGACAACAUGAACAGAAACACCAGUCCCAGAUACAAACAUGAGGAAUGCAGAAGCUUAUCCUAGUAAUGCAAAAGGGAAAGUAGAAGUUCACCAGCCAGGGAUUGGGACUUUUGGUGUAGUUACAAAAGUGAGCAAGAGAACAACUUGAAAGCGCAGAUAUGCAGCAGGUACCUGUUUAAAUGUAAGGGAGAACGUGUUUAAGGGUCAAGGCGGCCUGAGAAGAAGGAAUUCAGCUCCUGUGUGUUGCCUGUUACAGAGACCACAACAACAGUUUGUAGUUUGUAGUGAUGAAAGGAAAUCAAAACGCUCUGUAGUUGGAGUGAAAGGAAAUCCCUUGUACUGUGCCUAAAGCUGCUAACUUUAUAGGUUCUGAUAAUCUGGAAGCUGCCAACAGUGAAAAUGUAUCAUUUGAUUUUGUGUUGUUAAUUGAUUAGAACAAGUAAACAAAACUAUUGGUGUCCUCCCAGCAACAGUAACUAUAGCCAGAGCCACCACUGUUUCAGCUAAAGGUUCCAAUGGCAUGCCUGUGUCCUAUCCAUAACAGGGAAACGAAUGAGAGAACCCAAAAGGAAAAGAUCGUAACUUCCAUCGCUCAAACUCAAAACAUUAAUCAGAUAACCCCAAAUCUCAAUUUUCAAGUACUUAACAAAAGUGGGAGGGAUUUCAGAUUUAAGUCAUUAAUACCUAGCGUGUGGUUUUCAUAGUAGCUGGGAGGAGGAGGUAGAGAAGGAGAUGUGUCUCUGCAUCACUUUCCCUCCGUCACCGUCGUUAUUAGGGACGGUGGGUAACUCGGCGACAUCAUUCACGACGAAACCCUCCAAACCCACAUGCAUCGUCUGUUUUCACCUCCAACUCGGGUUAGAACUUAGAAAUCGCCGCUGCAAUCAUUCGUCGCAGCCAGAUUGUGGCCAUUCGAAGCGACAUUGAUGAAAUCGUCAGAUUCCUGGACGAAAUCGAAAGAAUUAGAACAGAAUUUUGAUAGAAGAAGAAGAGAUCCCCCUCCGUCGGAGGAAACGAUUUUCUGUGCUCUUAAUUGCGCGGCGGCGAGGCUCGCUUGUUGGAUCCGGCGAGGGGGCAUAUGCGAGACCCGACAAAAUUUGGAGAGAAUUGGGCCGAGCCCACCUGAUACUGUAUCCUAACUACGAUUGGGCCGAAGUACUGUUCAGAUAAACAAAGCCCAUAAAA